UCCAGUUCAGCCGGCUAACAGAAUAAGUGCUCUUCGCAAGCUUCUAAGAUCCGUCUUCCCCACACCACCUUCCUUUUCAAACCCUCGAUCACAUAGUGUUCAUAGACAAUACCUAUGUCUCCUCUUUGUCUCCUGUCCCUUACUUCUCUAUAAUACACCGUACUACUACUCUCUUUUUCAGACUCCAUAUCAAAAAAAGUUCUAAUGCAAUCUCAAUCCAACCAUCGUCAAGACGAAGACGUUUCGAAGAGCUCUAGCGAUGAAGAAGCCGAGGAUCUCAACGAUGACUUGGGAACAGGGAGAUCGUAUGAGUGUGUGUUUUGCAAGAGAGGAUUUACAACAGCACAGGCCUUGGGUGGACACAUGAAUAUUCACCGCAAGGAGAGAGCAAAACCAAGGCCUACUUCUGCUCCUACUUCAAUUGCAAGCAAAGCAGCUGAUGAACAUGUGAGUGAUCUAAUGAGAUCCCACCGUUCGUUGCAAAGCUACACGCGUCCACAUUUUUCUACAGCUCCGGAGGUGGAUCUGAACUACCGGACGUUUAUUCCUGCACCUAUGUGGGUUGUGGGACAAGCUCACGGUGAUCAUGAGGAGUUAUGUGCAAGGAAUUAUCCAUUACGACUUCAUCAGGAUUUGUUUGCUACAGAUGAUGAUUGUCGGAAUAGGAGAUCGGGGAGUGGUCUGAGCUUGGGGAUUGGGCCAUCAGCUCAGGAUGAUGAUGAAGAUCAUGUACGUCGUGAUCAUCUUAAAAAAGAAACUGAACGAGUUAAUGGUGCCUGCAGUAGUGAAGGGGAUGGAUUGGAUUUGGAGCUUCGACUCGGUCAUGAUCCGUAGUAUUUAUUUAUUUUGCCGAAUAUUAAUUGGAGUGUUCAUCAUAUACAUUUUGUUCAUAUAUAUACAUCCUUUUCCGUGUA